GUUUUCUCGUUCCACUCUCUGGCCCGUUACCAGUCGGUUUCUAUUGAUCUUCGAACGCACCCGCGCCUUUCCACAAGAUGGAAAUCAAGACCAGCGCCCAGCAUGUCGAGCGCGAUGUCAAGAUGCCCCCCGACAUGGACCGGGUCAUCCAAGAUGCCCGCCUCGCCACCGAAAAGGAGCACAAGAUGAGCCUGUUGCAGGGCCUGAAGCUCUACCCCAAAGCCGUCGGGUGGUCGAUUCUCAUCUCGGCUGCGAUCAUCAUGGAGGGAUACGACGUCGUGCUGAUGGGCUCCUUUUACGGCUAUCCGGCGUUCAACAGAAAAUACGGCAAACUUCUGUCGGACGGCAACUACGGCUUGACCGCUGCCUGGCAGGCAGGUCUCUCCAACGCGAUGAACUGUGGACAGAUCCUCGGACUCUUCCUGAAUGGAAUCAUCUCGGAGAAGUUUGGGUAUCGCCGGACGAUGAUGGGAUCGCUCAUUGCUACGACUGCAUUUAUCUUUAUUCUCUUUUUUGCACCGAACGUGCAGACUCUCCUUGUUGGAGAGAUCCUCAUGGGAAUCCCGCUUGGAGUUUAUCAAACACUGAGCGUCACGUAUGCUUCUGAAGUUUGCCCAGUUGCUCUGCGUGCGUAUUUGACGACUUAUGUGAACCUUUGUUGGGUUAUUGGCCAACUCAUUGCUUCCGGAAUCCUAAAGGGACUCUCUGAGCGGACUGAUGAAUGGGCAUACCGCAUCCCAUUCGCACUGCAAUGGGUCUGGCCAGUACCGAUCUUUAUUGGAGUUGUCCUUGCACCAGAAAGCCCUUGGUGGCUUGUUCGCAAGGGUCGCACCGAGGACGCCGUCAACGCCCUGCUCCGUCUGACCUCGCGUGGAGACGCGGAUUUCGAUGCACACGAGACAGUCGCCAUGAUGGUCCACACCAACGAGAUGGAAAAGGAAAUCACAACCGGCACCUCCUACUGGGAUUGCUUCCGCGGUCAUGAUCUCCGCCGCACGGAGGUCUCCUGCCUGAUUUGGGCGGCCCAGAAUCUCUGUGGUUCCGGUCUCAUGGCCUAUUCCACCGUCUUCUAUCAACGCGCAGGUCUCGCCGUUUCGCAGUCCUUCAACAUGUCCCUCGCCCAAUACGCCAUUGGUUUCGUGGGAACCGUUCUAUCCUGGGUCCUUAUGAGUUACUUUGGCCGGCGAACCCUGUACGUGUACGGCCUCGCUCUCCUGUGCAGCCUGCUCCUUAUUGUCGGCUUCAUAUCCAUCGCCCACGAAAGCUCCGCGACCUCGUGGGCCACUGGAUCCAUGCUACUCGUCUACACCUUCUUCUACGACAUCUCCGUCGGACCUGUCUGCUACUCGCUGGUAUCCGAGAUUCCGACCACGCGCCUCCGCAUCAAGACCGUUGUGCUCGCCCGCAACCUCUACAACUGCUUCAGUAUCGUGAAUGGCGUCAUUAUCCCGUACAUGCUGAACGUCGACGCGUGGAACUGGCGCGGCAAGGCUGGCUUCUUCUGGGGUGGCCUUGCCCUGCUCUGCUGCGUCUGGGCGUACUUCCGUGUCCCUGAACCCCGUGGACGUACCUACGCGGAGAUGGAUGCGCUCUUCGAGCAAAAGGUGUCUGCGCGCAAGUUUGCUUCGACCAAGGUGAAUAUUUUCCACGAGGACUCGGCUGAGCGGGUGGAGGAGAAGUCUUCCUAGUCGUGCGACUGAGACGAAUCGGCGCGCGAGAAGGCGGGAGUGGGAGUGGGAUGCAGGUCGUCGGGGUUCCUUGUGGCGGGAUCGGAUGCAUUUGUUAGGCCGGGGGAGUGCAGGGAGGCGCUGUAUCGGCGGAGGAGCCAGAGGCCAGAGGGACACAGUGUAAACAGCCAGGAUAGCUCUGUAUCUAAUUGUUAAGGUCAAUGCACUCCAUACUUGGCGGGA